UUACCGCUUCCUAUAAACCCUAAUAAGUAAGCUUUGAUUAUGAUUUAUAUAUGAAUCCCUCUGAACACCAGCAAAUGCAAUGCUACGGCUCCUUUUUGAAAAAUGAAACUACUUGUAUUUGAAGCUGCUCUCUGUUUCUUCUCCAAAAUGUUUUUCUCUUUACGCAAUCUCUUCUCCAUCAGUCGUAGAAUCCCUCACAGAGUAAGCCCUUCUCUCUCCUUGAACCCUACUCGUUUCUCUCCUGAUUCUUUUAUUUCUUGCCCUUUAAUUUGGUUCACUAGUUUUCUCUGUAUUAUCAGAUACCCUUUUGUCUCUAAAACAAAUCCCAACAGUCUUUUUCUAGAUAUAAAUAGGGAUUCCAUGCGGAAUAUCAUCCAACAAGACCAAUGGGACGCGCCAAUUAUCAUUCAUUUGUUCGAUUCAGCAUUGGCGCCCAUAUGGGUUUCCAAGGUUUUGGUUGAGUUAAAGCAAGAUCCAAUUUUAGCAUUCAAAUUCUUUAAAUGGGCAAAAACCCGAACUGGGUUUUACCACACCACAGAGUCCUAUUGCAUAUUGGUUCACAUUUUGUUUUAUGCUAGGAUGUACUUUGAUGCUAAUAAUACUCUUAAGGAAUUGAUUUUAUCGAACCGGGCAGUACCUGGUUUUGAUGCUUUUGAUGUUUUGUGGUCAAAAAGAAAUGUUUGUGGUUGGGGAUUUGGUGUUUUUGAUGCUUUGUUUAGUAGUUUGGUUGACUUAGGAAUGCUUGAGGAAGCCAAUAAGUGCUUUUCAAAAAUGAAGAGGUUUAGGGUUUUGCCAAAAACGCGGUCUUGUAAUGCACUUUUGCAUAGGCUUUCAAAGUCAGGAAAGGGAUACUUGUCAAUGGAGUUUUUAAAGGAUAUGGUUGGGGCAGGGAUUGAUCCAUCUGUGUUUACGUACAAUAUAAUGAUAGAUUAUAUGUGCAAAGAAGGUGAUUUGAAAACUGCUAGAAGCUUGUUUGAGCAAAUGAAACGGAGGGGGUUAAACCCUGAUAUUGUAACAUAUAAUUCUCUUAUUGAUGGUUGUGGAAAGGUUGGGUUGUUGGAUGAAUCCAUAUGUAUAUUUGAAGAAAUGAAGGAUGUGGGUUGUAAGCCUGAUGUAAUAACAUACAAUGCUUUAAUAAAUUGUUUUUGUAAAGUUGACAGAAUGCCUCAGGCAUUUAUGUUUUUCAGUGAGAUGAGGAACAACGAGUUAAAACCAAAUGUUGUAACAUAUAGCACAUUGAUUGAUGCUUUAUGCCAGGAGGGGAUGAUGCAACAGGCAAUUAAAUUUUUUGUUGACAUGAGACGUAUAGGUCUUUUACCUAAUGAAUUCACAUAUACUUCUUUGAUUGAUGCAAAUUGCAAAGUAGGUAAUCUGAAUGAAGCCUUGAAGCUGGCUAAUGAGAUGUUACAAGCUGGCAUUGAGUUGAACCUUGUUACUUAUACAAGCAUAUUGGAUGGUCUUUGUGAAGGAGGGAGGAUGAAGGAAGCAGAAAAAGUAUUUAGAGCAAUGCUUGAAGCUGGAGUAACUCCUAACCAGAAUGUUUAUACUGCCCUUAUUCAUGGUUAUAUUAAGGUUAAGAAGUUGGAGACUGCCAUGGAUCUUUUCAAAGAAAUGAAGGAAAAAAACAUCAAAGCAGACUUGUUGCUUUAUGGAACCAUCAUUUGGGGCCUGUGCACUCAAAGUAAACUUGACGAGUCGAAGCUUUUAAUAAGGGAAAUGAAGGAGUAUGGUCUGAGUGCAAAUCCUGUCAUAUACACAACACUCAUGGAUGCUCAUUUGAAGGCUGGAAAAACCUCAGAGGCCCUGGGCUUGCUGCAUGAUAUGCAGGACUCGGGUAUUGAAGUUACUGUUGUCACAUUUUGUGUAUUACUUGAUGGUUUGUGCAAAAGGGGAUUGGUCCAAGAAGCAAUUGAUUAUUUCAGUAGGAUGCCAGAGUUCAAUUUGCAACCAAAUGUUGCAGUAUAUACGGCCCUGAUUGAUGGUCUUUGUAAAAAUAAUUGCAUUGAAGCAGCAAAAAAGAUGUUUGAUGAAUUACUUGAAAAAGAUAUGAUUCCUGAUAAAAUUGCGUACACUGCUCUGAUAGAUGGAAAUUUGAAACAUGGAAAUUUUCAGGAAGCUUUGACUUUGCAUAACAGAAUGAUUGAAGUGGGUAUGGAACUUGAUCUGCAUGCCUAUACUUCCUUAGUUUGGGGAUUUUCUCAAUGUGGUCAAUUGCGGCAAGCAAGAGUGUUUUUUGAUGAGAUGAUUGGCAAGGGUAUACUACCUGAUGAGAUACUUUGCAUUUCUCUGCUAAAGAAGUAUUAUGAGCUAGGAAAUAGAGAUGAAGCUGAUGAAUUGCAAAAUGAAAUGGUAAAAAAGGGUCUAUUGCUGCAAUUUAGCAAUAACGUGGUUCCUAAUAUACAAGCUUGAAAGGGUAAAAAGUCUUGAUCAUCAGUAACUUUCUAAUGCUUUUCAGAAAGAUGUUUGGGAAGCAGAAAGUGUUUUAAUUUUUUUAAUCCCGGGGGAUAAGUACACAAGGAAUACAAAGUUCUAGUAAAUACUUAUUUCUGGAUGGAUUGACUCAAUGCAAACAUUAUAUUUGUUGCUGGUUUGUUAAAAAGGGUUCUCACUGGACAUCUUUUUAUGCAUAUCAAAAGUUCCUUUUUGCUCUCAUGAUGCCAACUCUGUUACUUGGAGACAUUUAAGUUUGCAGUAUUGGAGUGAGUUUUAGUGACUUUGAGCACAGACAUGGUAUUUAUUCUGGUUUCCAGUUACAAAAUGCCUAAAUUUCUUUUUCAGGGCUUUGGACUCCAAGGAUGCCAUAGAACUCUUUUGUGUUUGCUGGAGAAGUGGGGUUAAAGCUUCAGUGGAGACAGAUAAAUUAUACAUAAAUCCGAAUGGAAUGUGAAGGAGAUGAACUUGUGGAAUGAGGUUGUCAAAAUUUACUCAGCUGGAGAAGAGUUAUUUGUGUAGUUCCAAGUAGCUGUGCACUACUAGUCUCUGAUAUUCUUUAUGUUUCAAUCCAGAGUUAUAUCUUGCUUAUCAAAUUUAGGAUCUACAUUUACUUGUAAAUUUGGUUCAUUGGUGAUGAAUGAAAUUAACCAAGAACUUAGCUUACAAAAACUAUUUUAUA